AUGGCUAAAGCAGGAGAAAACUCGAGAGACAAAUCUAGAUGGAGCCUUGAAGGCAUGACCGCUCUUGUUACAGGUGGCUCCAAAGGCCUCGGAGAAGCUGUAGUGGAGGAACUAGCCAUGUUGGGAGCAAGAGUUCACACAUGUGCCAGAGACGAAACUCAGCUUCAAGAACGCUUACGUGAAUGGCAAGCCAAAGGAUUUGAGGUCACCACUUCUGUCUGCGACGUCUCUUCUCGUGAGCAACGAGAGAAACUCAUGGAAACCGUUUCCUCUGUCUUCCAAGGAAAACUCAACAUCCUCGUAAAUAAUGCGGGAACGGGUAUAAUAAAGCCGAGUACAGAGUAUACAGCAGAAGAUUACUCGUUUCUGAUGGCUACAAAUCUCGAGUCCGCUUUUCAUCUCUCACAGAUCGCGCACCCUUUGUUGAAAGCCUCUGGUUCCGGGAGCAUCGUGUUCAUGUCCUCUGUUGCUGGACUUGUGCAUACCGGUGCAUCAAUCUAUGGAGCAUCUAAAGGAGCUAUGAAUCAGCUAGGAAGAAGCUUAGCAUGCGAGUGGGCAAGUGACAACAUAAGGGUUAACUCUGUGUGUCCAUGGGUCAUAACAACUCCUUUAACUAGCUUUAUUUUCAGUGAUGAAAAGUUAAGAAAAGCAGUGGAGGAUAAGACACCAAUGGGACGUGUUGGAGAAGCAAAUGAAGUAUCAUCGCUUGUCGCAUUUCUCUGUUUUCCGGCAGCUUCUUAUAUUACAGGUCAGACUAUCUGCGUCGACGGAGGUGCUUCGGUGAAUGGCUUCUCUUUCAAGCCUUAG